AUGACGACCGCACACAGACCCACCUUCGACCCAGCCCGCGGCAAAGACGCGCAGCGCGGACCCGCCUACCAUCAACGUCUGCUGCCUGCUCACACGCAGCUCAAAGUUCGACAGCCGGGCCAGGGAGGGGACGCAGACAAAAAUGUGGUGGUGAGGGAUUUGAGGGCUGAAUUGCUGCAGGCCGAGGCGGCGCAUUUUGCGAAAGUUAAGGGGGGUCCCGCGCCGGCUGUGAUUGAGGAGAAGGCCGGGACUGAGGAUGUGGGUGGUGUGAAGAGAAUGCUGGAGGGGGGCGAGGGAGAAGAGGAUCCCGAGGCGAAGAGGAGGAGGGUUUUGGAGGAGACGAGGGAUAUCGAUGCGGAUAGUGAGGAAGAAGACGAGGAGGAUAGUAGCGAGGAUGACAGUGACGACGAAGAUGAAACUGCAGAGCUACAGAGAGAAUUGGAGAAGAUCAAGCGCGAGAGAGCUGAGAAGAGGGAGCAAGAGGAACGAGAGAAAGCCGCGGCGGAAGAAGCUUCCCGAGAACAUGAUAUUGCACUUGGGAAUCCCUUACUCAACAAAUCAGACUUCAACGUCAAGCGCAGAUGGGAUGACGACGUGGUCUUCAAGAACCAAGCUCGUGGAACAGAAGAUCGAGGCAAGAAGAAGGAAUUCGUCAACGAUCUUCUUCGAUCGGACUUUCACAAACGCUUUAUGAGUAAGUAUGUGAGAUGA